GGGAUUCGGGGGAAUGGGUAUGCCGUACCAGAGGAUGGGAAUGUACUCCCCCAACGUGAGGUACGUUCCCGUGAGGCAGUACAUGAACCCCUACGACGGAGUGAUCCUCACACCGCCCAUGGCGCCCCCUAGGUUCAGAAGAGUGCAGUACACCCCGCAGCCCGGAACCAAACUCAUGGCGGUGCCGACAGCAAAAACUGUGGGAAGUUACUCGCAAUCAAGACGUUCAUCGAUUGGCCGCCAGUCGUCACGUGGUCCCACCACCGUUCUCGUUCCCGAGGGUUACCAGUUGGUGCAGGUGCAUGUGGACGGAGGGGAGGACGGAGAGUCCGUCCAGGAGACGUCCUUCAUGGACGGGCAGUACAUGGACGACGAGCUGGGCGCUCACGGGGGGAUGGACGUAUGAGACCGGCUGGAGCAACGGGCCUGCUUUGUUUGAAAUGUUGAUUUGCGAAGCAAUAAUAAAAAGGUUCAUGGUUCAAAAUUCGCAUGCACAGUGAAAUGCAAUAUGCCAAAGUUGGAUGCCCCUGAGACAUAAAAUCACUUCUGGACAUCCAAAUUUUCGAUGACUAUUAGUCCAUCUUAUUCACGGAGUGACCUAGUUCCCGCGAGAGUGUGAGACUAGGCUGAGACUUCCGUGGAUCUUCUGCCCCUCAACCCGCCUCCUUGCGGAGUAGGGGUAAGUAGGACUUGGGCAGCUCCCAGCCAUUAUUGCGGUUCAGUCUCGCACCUUUCAACUAGCUGGAUGUGGACUGCUUAUUCACUGUUAGAAGAAAAUUCUAUUAACUGUGCUCAAACGUGACUAAUGAAUCUCUUAAACGAUACGUCUGGACAUGUAUUGAGCAUGGCCUGGACAAGAAAUAUUUACAAGUUUUCACAUUUGGCAUGUCGUCCACGAUGCAAUUGCUGUACAUGCACAGUUGGAACCGUGAACCUGAUAAUAAAACAAAAAUGUUGACGUUGACACUUCUUGGGACGGCCCAUUGCGACUUUAUCUUAUUACUGUCAAAAUUGGCAUGAGUUAGACCAAUUCACUGACGUACAGCUUAUCAAAGCUUGGUUUAAACCUUGAGCCAUCAAUGAAAUGAACCGAGACACGCGUUGUAACUUUCCUUUCAUCGUGUUACGAUGUCAUAAUAUUCCGUGUACGAUUUCUAUGUGAUAGAACGCGGUGAAAGGGAAGUUUUGUGUCUUAUAUAAUGAGUCCAUCUGAUGUCAGGGCGUUUUCGUGCGGGCAACUUUCCAAAGAUGUAGCUGUAUUCCGGAGUCAUUGUCUGAAUGUCAUGAGUUAAGAUGCACACAGGAGGAAAUAUGAUUGUAAUGUAUAGAAACAGACGUAUAAUUUCUCUGAAGAAAUAGUUACAUAGUGGGAAAGUGGUAUUGGGCUUGUUAAAGAUCUCUUUUAUGAUAUUAGCAGUAGACAUGUUAUUACCAUUUGAGCCUUGGUACGCAUUCCGUAAGACCGAAUGUAAUUUCUCAGAUACAGUAUCAUGAAAAUACAAUUCCUGCGUACAGACUGAAAGACACUGCAAAAAAAA